AAGCAUAUCAUCAAAAAGAGCGCCAGCUUCUCUCUCAGACCUACACUCUCAGAACAAAACUACUACUACUGACAAUCCUCAACAUCUGCCAGUUCGCUAUCCUCGUUUAUUUUUAUGGUAUUGAGUAUAGUACUUACAUAUCAUUAUAUCUCACAUUCACUUUUGAUAGUGCAGUCUUGGAAUAGUUUCUCCUAAGCAUUUACUCCAUUUCCAUUCUAGGUUCUUCCACGUCUGCCAUGUCGAAAGGUGCUGGAUCUUCUACUGACGGCAUGAAGAAAACGAAUACUAGUACGAAGAUGCAGGAUGCAAAAACUGGUGAAAUCACAUUUGACGGAUCGACAAAGCAGAGCCCUGGUGGAGGUUCAAGCUCUAAAGCCAAUCUCGACGGGAACACAGGUUCUAAACUCUCUACUACGAUCGCGAGUGGUGCAAGUGAUGACAAAAAAGGUAACACUGGAGGUACCAAAAAAAAGGGAGCCGGCAAUGCCAAAAAAUCAACGGUGAAAGCAUCCAAUACGAGCAAGGCGUCCGAAAUUAUCAAUCUUAUCUCGGACGACGACGACGACAGCAAAAUGCCUGAUGCAUGUACUAUCUCCAUGCUACCUUAGACGACUUUUUAUUUGUCAUCAAUUCUUAUCACGUGAUCUUUCUCUAAAUUUAGUUCAUCUUAAUUAUAUCUUGAGUGAGGCAUCACAAUUUCCGCUUACCAUGACCAUUCAGAUUCCUCUGCUAAACGCAAAAAUCCUUCACAACUCGUCACGUCUGGCAAAAAGAGCAAGAGCGAAAAAUUUGACGCUGACUCCAACAUGGACGCGGCAGCAAGUGCAUCGACGACGGAUAGUAAAUUCGUCGGCAAAAAUAAUACGAGCGAGUAUUCAAACGCUGCUUCUGCAAUGGAUGCUGAAAUUGUUGAUCCGUCACGUGAGCCAACAUCUUUAAUUGGCGACGACGAAAUGGCAGGUACAUACUCUUAGUCUCAUUAGCUUAUUAUUUUCUUAUUCUGCGAGUGUUGCUUCUCCAGAAAUUUACUUUUUUUCUCGCACAUUCGUUAUGGUCUUAUUUUGUCUCAUCACCACUUCACAGCUCUCGAGGGAUUUUUCCAGGAUGAUGACGACUUUGUGGAAUACUGAGCAAUUCGAUGGCGCAACUUCGUGUGGGCCAUCAUGUCGUGGUCGAAUAGGAGGCUUUGAGAUUUAUGCUGCUCUUUGAUCGUUUUCUUUAUUGCUGAAGCUAUUUGCACUACAAUAAUUACCCAUUCUCCAAGCUCGCUUAGCUACUGACAUAGAAUACCACGCUUCAUGACAACGACUAGCUCUCUCACUCCACUAGCAGCUUCUGGUAAUAUUUGGCGAUCUUCUAUUAGUUGGUGACAACCUUCUUCUAUUAGACCAUUAUUGAUAUACAUGUUAGCUAUGGUAGAUUUAGGUGGUGUAAACCUUCUAAAAUUCGUUCGUCCAUAAUAAGCAUCUCAUGAUAUUCAUGCGUGUCGUUAUCGUUUUUUGUUUUUAAAUGGAAAAAUAUUUCGAAAGGAGCUAUUGAAACGUAGGUGGUGUUAACCCCUUACUCCACGGCACUAUUGGUUUUUUCGAACUUAUGGUAUAUUUAGGUGGUGUAAACCUUCUAAAAUUCGUUCGUCCUUGAUAAGCAUCU